AUAGAGAACCUCCUCACUGUACAUACAGUUCACCGUGUCACAAACAUGGUGAACUGUAUGUACAGUGAGGAGGUUCCCUGCAAUAGACUUUAACCCGUCAGUAUUGUUUUCUGUAACUUGGAAACCAUGAGUUUUUAUUUGAAUGUGGUUCACUUUCAAAGCUCAAUUACAGCUUGGGCAGAGAGGUGCAAGUGUUUAAGACGGCACGGUGCAAUCGACAAGCUCACACACCAACAAACUGGUAAGCUAUUUUUCAAAAUUUACUUCUACUUUUAUCCUCAGGUAACAUUGUCGUUUUUGGGAAUUUGGUGCCAAAUAAUUUUGUCAUCCAUAAUGUGGAUUUGUACUUUAUUUCCAUUUAGUUAGUCAAGUCUGUUUUCUCUCCAAGGCCUCGGUAGUGGAUUUGCCAUGAGACCUGAGCAAGAAGACCUUCAUCAGUCACCCUCACUCCCCUCUACUCUGGAUGGACACUUAUUUCCUUUUGGUGUCAGAAAGACAUUUUAAUCAACCCACUCAUUACAUUUUAUUCAGAAGCAGAGAAACGCACAAGUUUUUAAAAUCAGGUGUGAAAUAUGUGUCCUAGUACAACUUUGUAAACUGGACCGUUCAUGCCGUUGCAGGUUUUUUUCAACCGUGUCCUGUGAGUAAACAAACAAGUUGCUAUAAUACAGCAUCUUUGUCCUGAAUAGAUGUUCCCACCCGGUGUCACAAGCCGGUUGUAUUGUCGAACGUAGCAGACUGAGAUCAUGGCUGAGCCGGUACAGUUUGUACCAAGGGACGUUCGGUUGUCCGUGGCUCCUGUGGUGAUAAUUAUGCUCGGCCUCGGUGACGGACAGUUGUGUAAUCCUCAUCUAUUGUGUCAUCUCUGUUGUGGCCUUGUUCGUGUGCCUCACUCUGGUAUUCAUUACUGUCUGAUUCAGGCCUGAAGCAGAGCUAUUCAUGACUGUCCCGGGGGGGAGAGCUGCUUUACCGAGUCUGAAGCUGCUCAAAUACUUGUGUUCAAUGGGAAAAGUAGAAUUUAAAGAAGCAGGAGCUGGCGACAGUUGGAACGGUCGGCUUGGUUACAAGAGGAAACACUUCCCCCCCAGAGGACUUUUUCAUUUGAAGUUAGCAGCUCAAUGCUGCAGGUCUCCCUAUGUAUUCCCCCUCUGCUGCAAACUGUUUCUGUUUGCUCCCACAUGCAUCGAAUGACUUGUAUGUCUCUCAUCAGCCAGGAGUGAAAUGGAAAUGGCUGCAGGCUUGUGUCCACCUCACUGCGGUGUCAUGAUCACUGUCUGGAGGAGUGACGUGGUACAGCAGGACAGCUGCUUUAUCCCCCACUGAUCUAUGGUGGCAGGGAACGCAGAUGGAUGCUGCCUCCAUCCCGUCGCUGACACUUUGCACAUAACAGAGAGAGAGCAAAAGAAAGUGCAGGUCCCUUUGCUGUGCCGCGAGACAGUAUUACUGUGGCAACGGAACUGAAAAAUCCCCGCGCGUCCCGCAGCUUUUGUGAGAAAAGACAAAACAGACACUUCCUGAACAGAGUCGGCCCAUAAACUUUGCUAAUGCGGUCAUUCAUUGGCGGCCUGUUAACAAUGAGACAUUUCCCAGGGACAGGGCGGCCCGGGAGAGAGGACAAAUCAGAGAGUACAGUCCUCCCAUGAAAGCUCAAGCAUGUUUUAUUCUUCACUCGAGGGUUGUAAAAGCGAACAUGGAGCUCCAUGUUUGUCUGUGAAGUUAAUGUGCUUUGGCCUGCAUGAUGUAAUUCCCAUUAAGGCUUGCAUUUUUUUUUUGUACCAUGCUCAACUUGCCUUCUUUAAUCUUCUCCUUUUACUCUCUGUCUUUGCUGGACGAGUCAAUUCUUUGCUCUGAUACUUAAUACUGAAAUUUUCCCCUAGAAGUUCCCUAUGCAAUAUUUGUCGAAUACCGUUGUUCAUCGUACUCACUGUUGCCCAAUACAGGGCAGAUCAGGAAAGAAAAAGGUGAGGGAUUAGUAGUAGAGGAGGUGGCCAUAUUCAUUCUCUGUCAUUCUCUCUCUCUCUCUGUUUGGGCAUCACAGGAACACACAGUCAGGCUGUUGUGCGGGAGGAUGCUCUUGACAGACCAGAGGGAUUACCAAAAAUGCAUUCUUUUUUAAUCUUCAGUCAGGCAAACUGACUGAUAAAUUCCCACAGCCACUAAAUACGUUUUGUCUUCCUCCCACUCUUGAUAGGCAGGGGAUAAAGUGAGAGUGGCGCCCUGGAGGAGGAAGGUGAUGCAAGGCAGCAGCCCAGACCCAGACCACGAGGCCACGGCCCGGCGUCAGGCUCAACUGGAGCAGCGCCACCUAGAGACCUACAGGAACAUGCAUCGCCUCAGAGAUGCUCUCCGUGACCGCUACGCUGCUCUGCUCAAAGACAAGGUCCACUCCCAGAGAGAACUGCUGCAGCAGAGAGACGAGACGACCAGGAGGGGGAAGUCACAGGACGAAACAAAGAAGAAACAAAAGAAGCUGGCCUUCUCCAAGCUGCAGCACAAUGACUCAUACCUCAGGUCCCUCCCCAAAACCGGCUAUUACCAGGUGUUUGACCUCCAGAAGCAGCUGGUCGAGCGUGGACGUCUGAAAAGCCACCACGACCUGGAGGACUUCUACAGGAGCAUUGAGUUUAACAGUCGCCCAUCUGAGCUGCAGAGAAGUCUGCAGGAUGUCAGGAAAACGAUGCUGGAGAGCAGGUCUGCAGCUGAUUUGACUUCUGAGCAGCACAAGACCUCAGAAGAACACCCCUGCGCUGCUGAGGAUAGAGGAGACGAGGAUGACGUCAGCCAUUCCAGGCUGUUGGAACAAGGGUCUGGUCCAGGGGAGCGAUCGGCAGAUCUGAUCUCCGGUGGCAGCCAGGAGAAGGAUGCAAUUGAGCAAAUGUUUCCCAAGAUGAAAGUCCCCACAUUUGCAACUCUGCAGCCAAACAUUAUGAGGCGCUUCCAAAGCAGGAUGCCUGAUUCGACUACCCCUGAGAUUCCUGAGAAGAGCAGGAAAGCAGAGAUUUAUUUGAGACGUCUGAGACAAAUGCAUCGUCUUUGCUUAACCAACAUGGCUUUCUCCCAAAGACUGUUGGACAGGGAGACAGACUCGCCGUGCUGGCGGGAGGAAGAAGGCGUCCAAGAUUUGAUGUUUCCAGGUGAAAACUCCGAACAAGGGAAGACGAAUCAAACCAACCUGCCCCCUCUCAUUGCUCUGAAACAGCCAACAAGUGUCCAGAAACACUCACGUCCCAGAAAGACCUCAGCCAGGUGCAUGAAAAUAAAAACCACCCACGUUUUAAGACUCUGGUUCGGGACACAGCAGAGUUGCCGUCGGGAAACGCCUGAUCCCUUAUCCAUUGAAGAUGUGUGUCGACAAAAGCACAUACAGGUUAAAAAAAAUCUCAGAUUGAAGACAAUUUUGCAAAGAUUUAAUUGUUUUUUAAAAUUUAUUUUAUUCACUCUAGAUCAUUGACUGUGAUCACUGAAGAUAUCGCCACCAAAGAACCUCUUCAUCAGGAAUAUGUCCGGUGUUUUGUCCACGUCACAGUGGUUGACCUAUAUUAUAUUCACUUUUAAACUGACAUAUCAACAUUUUACAUGACAAAAUGCUAUUUAUCUAUUUAUUUCAAAUUGCUAUUCGUCAAUUAUUCCAUUGGUUUUAUUUACAUAAACAAUAAAGGCCGGAUACCUGCGUACAUUUUCUGAAAUAAAAAUUAUGAUUUUAACAACAGAUUAGAGUUGAUGCCAGAUGAUGAUUUAUGGCCAACAGUGGGUUCUAUUUAGUGACACUUACAUAGCUGCUAUUUUGUAAAAGCAUAUAUAUAUAUUAUUUUAGUUUUAAGGCUGGAAUGAUGCUAUAUUUCUCUAGGAAAAGACCAAAAUGCGUCAGUGCUCCUCCCGAUUCUUUCUCACUUUGUUUCCCUGUCUGUGUGAAGACAUGUAACUUUACAAACGGGUCUUCAAACAGCAAGGUACAGUAGAUUUUAGCUAAAUGUAUUUACACAAACAGGAGUAAAUAGUUUAUUUGCUGUUGACAAUUUUGACAAUAGUGCGACUCCUAAUAAACAUGUUGAUUUUUAA